UUUGAAAUCAGACCGCGAAAACGUCCAGAGUAACAGAGCGGGCGCCGGGCGGCGGACUGAGUGGAAAAUGGAAUCUGCUAUGGUCACUCUACGCAACAUGUUUGAGCAGUUGCUCAGACAAAUGGAAGUACUGAAUGAAGGAAUUGAACCUCAAUUUAUUCAGUUAGCCAAGAACUUUGACGAAUGUAGGAAAAAAUGGCAAAAGACCGAACUGGAGCUUUCCCGUGCUACAGAGUGCCUAACGAAAGCUGAGACUGAGCGAAGUGCUCUUGAUGUCAAAUUAAAGCAUGCUCGUAACCAAGUUGAUGUAGAAAUGAAACGGCGGCAGAAAGCAGAAACCGAGUGUGAAAGGCUGGAACGUCAGAUUCAGCUUAUCCGAGAGCUCCUCAUAACAGAAGGCUCGACCAGCAUUCAGUUAAAUGAAGAACAGAAGUCUGCUCUUGCUUUCCUCAACCCUAAAUGCUCAAAUUCUAAUGGAUAUGCAUCCAACAAACGAUUAUCAACAAUAGAUGAGUCUGGAUCGUUUGUCUCCCAUUCUGAUAUUAGCUAUGACAAGACCGAUGACUCGUUGGACUGGGAUUCCUCCAUUGUGAGGACUGUGAAAUUAAAGAAAAGAGAAAAACGGCGUUCUUCAAGAGUCUUGGUUGAUGUCCAGCCAGCACCAGCUAAGCGUUCACGAUCAAUCGAAAAGGCAAAUGACUCCAUUGUGGCUAAAACCACUCUGACCUUGCCAAAUAAUGGCGGGCCAAUCGAGGCAGUUUCUACAAUUGAGACAGUACCAUACUGGACAAGAAGCAGGAGGCGAACAGCAAAUCUGAAAGGACCAGAUCUUGAUGCCAUUUCGGAAACUCCCUCAAGCACCCCAUCAGCAGCCAGUAGAUCUGAUACUUGCAGCACACCUCAGAGUAAUGGAGGAAUAAGGGUUCACGAGUUUGUCUCUAAAACGGUUAUAAAGCCAGAAUCAUGUGUUCCUUGUGGCAAAAGGAUCAAAUUUGGAAAGCUGGCCUUGAAGUGCCGAGACUGCAGAGUUGUGUCUCACCCUGAAUGUCGAGAUCGCUGUGCACUCCCCUGUAUCCCAACUUUGGCAGGAACCCCUGUGAAAAUUGGAGAAGGGGUUUUGGCAGACUUCACAUCUUCUAAGUCACCCAUGAUCCCAUCCAUUGUGGUGCAUUGCAUCAAUGAGAUUGAGCAAAGAGGAUUAUCUGAGACCGGACUGUACCGUAUCUCUGGGUGUGACCGCACUGUGAAAGAGCUAAAGGAGAAGUUCCUGAGAGGGAAGAACAUGCCAUUGCUCAGUAAAGUGGAUGACAUUCAUGCAAUCUGUGGACUUCUGAAAGAUUUUCUGAGGAAUUUGAAGGAACCCAUUGUGACUUUCAAACUGUAUUCAGCGUUUGUAAGUGCAGCAGAAAUCCCUGACGAUGAUAACAGUGUUGCAGCAAUGUAUCAGGCUAUCAGUGAGCUGCCCCAACCUAACCGAGAUACUUUGGCAUUUCUGAUGAUCCAUCUGCAGAGAGUGGCUAACAGCCCAAAAUGCAAGAUGGACGUAGCUAACCUUGCCAAGGUCUUUGGCCCUACAAUAGUGGGUUAUUCCACACCUGAUCCAUCUCCCAUGUCAAUGCUACAGGAAACCAAGCAGCAACCAAAGGUGGUUGAACGUUUCCUAUCUUUGCCAGUGGAAUACUGGAGCCAGUUUACAAUGGUGGAACAGGAGAAUAUCCAACCUAAUCAUAUCAUUGAAAAUUCUAAUGCUUACAGCACUCCUGAUAUGAAAGUGAGUAUGCUUGGGCCACUGACCACUCCAGAACAUCAAAUAAUUGGCAAGACCCCUUCGUCCAGUUCCUUAUCUGCACGUGUCAAAUCCAGUCUGACCAAGACCACUCCCAAGUUUGGAAGCAAAGGCAAGUCAUCAGUCAAUUUCAAUCGAACUGGAAACUUCUUUGCCUCCCCAUUAUUGAAAUAAUUGCACAUUUAACCAAAUAAUAGUCUCAAAAAUCAAAAAGUUCCCUGGAGCUUUGCAUUAAACCAACAAGUGCUACCUGCAGAAUUUUAGUAUUAUAAUAUGCAUCAGAAAGCAAUCCUAAAACAGCAGUUUUAAUAACGUGUAAUCACCAGUCUAAUCCUUUAAAUAUAAUGUAGUUGACACUUGUUAUUCGAGAUGGUAGUUCUUUUUUAAAUGUUAUGAGCCUAUUUUUAAGUAGAUAACUUCUAUAUUCCAGUUUGUAUUACUUGUAUGAUGGGAACUGAAGGUUGAAUUCUGUAACCUGUAGACCAGCAACUGAUUUGAAAAAGCAUUGGUAUGUGUCUCAAACACUAAAAGUUCAGAAUGAAAGAUUAUUUUACAGUCAAAGACUGUGGGAUCUGUUCUUACAGAAUGAGAAAUGUAUGCAGGAUAACUGAAUGCUGUAAUCCAAUAAUUAUAUCCAGCUGACUGAACAAUUGUGUCUGGCUGAAUUUUAUAUUCUAUAAUUUUCUGCCUUUUGUGGAGCUAUUAAACCUGUACAAAAGAUCAUUUUUGCUUAAAUGUCUUGCUACUUUGGAGGUUAGUUUUUCAGUGGUAAUCGAUAUGUAUAUGGCAGUUUGGAUUAUUAGCAAUAGACCUGUAUUCAGUGGCUCCACACUUCAGUGGGAAUCCACCACAAGCUUAAAAUGCCAUGGAGUGAAUUUUCUGUCUAGCGAUUUCUAUUGCAAGCACAGCCUGACUUCUGCCAGUUUUUAACCCAGUUGAUUGUGUUGACAAAUAUUUAAUCCAGUUACAGAACAAAACAGGUUUUCAACCAACUUGUCUUUACUACAAAAGCUAUGCUUUGACACCAGUAGCUAUCAAGUUAAAUGAAUCACUAGUGGUAUUUUUAAUGUGAAUUGCUCACAAUCUGGACAUGAUAGAGAAUUGUCAAAGAAAUUGGUUUUAUAAAAUGCAUUUCAAAUUGAGUUCACCACUUUGUGUACCCUGCUCUUGGCAAAGAACUGGGCAUAGAAUUCUUCAAAUGUGGGAUGAGCAUGGUCCUUUCAGUGAUUUAAUAGAGGUUCCAUUGUCAAAUCUUUGUAGAUUAUAAUUUAUAUGCUGUUUUUUAUUUUUGUUCGAACAUAGCAUUCAGACAAACUGGAUAAAAAUUUGUUUUCUCAGCCAUUGACAACCAAAAGUUUCUAUUUUUACAAAAAACUUGAAUUUUUUAAAAUACAUGUUUAAUUUGGCUUGUGUCUGUGUAUGCGUGUAAACAUUAACUUGUGAUCCAUCUUGAAGUGCAAAAUUAAAUUGGACACAGACGAAGUGCUGACCUUGGUUAUGGCUUGCGAUAUGCAUCAAUAUACUUCUGUGGAGUUAUUGAAUGUAUUUGGCACUAAUAAUAAAAUAGAAAAUUGUGACCGAAAGUAGAAGCAUGCCUCCAACUAAUAAAUUGUAUGUCGUGCAAACUAGAUUUUAAAUUAUAGAUUAUGAUGUUAUCUAAAUGUAGCUUUUACAGAACAUGUCAAUGCAUCUAUUUCUGUCAGCUUUUUUAAUAUCCCUUUUUAUGCAUUUAAGUGGUAACUAUUGUAAAAUAUCUGUACCAAAGACUUGUCUGCCUCUCUCAAAUUUGACUUCAGCUAAAAAAUCCUUGCUUCAGCUGUCUGCUACACAACUGCAGUGAAACCUGUGUAUUAGGCACUAAAUUAAAGUGAAAACUGAUGCAAGCUGUCAAUAUGCAGCUUUAUUUUUGUAUUUCUCAAAAUUGAAACCCCGAAUACCAGAAUGUUUGUUUGAACUAUAGUCUUUUUGAAGUGCUUGCAACUGUUUAAGGAUAUGUCAGUUACCAAAUCGCUGCAGCUUUAUUGAUGCAUAUUGCACAAUAUAUUGUAAGUUGUUUUCACUGUAUUGUUGUGUAAUGCAUGCUCCUCUGUUUCAGUCGCUUCAGUUAAAUAAGUG